UCGAUUGCCUGUGUUUGGCUACAGUGCAGGAGUUUGUUAACUGUUUGUUGGCGCUAGUAAAGCGAGUUAUUGAAUUAUUUUAGUUUUAAAUUGCGCUAGGGUUUGUUUUUAAGAUGUCUGAUACAUGGAGCGACAUCCAGGCCCACAAAAAGAAGCUAGACUCCCUGAGAGAAAGGCUGCAGAGAAGAAGGAAGGACCCAACACAGCUGGGAGUCGAGGUUGGUGGUAGUGAUGGGGCGCCCACACGAAGUGACAGUCCAGGACCCACCAUCCAAACCCCAACAGAGGUAAAGGAGGAGCGUCCGCCCGACCCUGAAUUAGAAAGAAGACUUCUGGAGUACCUGUCUGAAUUGAGCCUCACACUCCCCACUGACUCACUGGCCAUCACCAACCAGCUCAACUCUUCUGAAUCACCAGUGUCCCAAGGCUGCAUCCAGAGUCUUUUACUCAAAUUUUCGGCUCAGGAAUUGAUCGAAGUUCGACAGCCAAACAACAACAGCUCGUCUUUGUCUACAUUAGUUGUCUCUGUUGAUCAUACCAAACUGUGGGCGAUGAUUAGUAGUUCUACACCGCAACCUCAAAAGGCUGGUGUAAAAAGAAAAGGAGAUGAAAUUAUCCACCAAAAGAGGGCUCCUGGCUCGUCCCCAUUGCUCCAGUCGGCGACUUCCCCAUCCAAAACAUCAUCAAUCUCCUCCGCUUCAAGUUCACAGCUGGGUGGGACUUCAGACUGGAAGUCAGGAUCUGUAGGAGCUGGGCCCGAGAAAAAGAGUCGGACCAAUAAGGGAAAGACAUCUCACUUGGAUAUGGAGAUCGAGAGCUUAUUGAGCCAGCAGUCAACCAAAGAGCAGCAAAGUAAAAAGGUGAGCAGGGAAAUCCUUGAGUUAUUGAACACCAGCUCAGCCAGGGAACAGUCCAUUGUCGAGAAGUUUCGUUCACGCGGUCGAGCACAGGUGCAGGAAUUCUGCGAUCAUGGGACUAAGGAGGAGUGCAUGCGAUAUGGAGACACACCCCAACCCUGCAACAAACUGCACUUCAGGCGGAUCAUCAACAAGCACACAGACGAGAGCCUUGGAGACUGCUCCUUCCUGAACACCUGCUUUCAUAUGGACACCUGUAAAUAUGUACACUACGAGAUUGACAGCCCUCCUGAAGCUGAGAGCGGCUCCACAGGACCUCAGCCCGGCACCACUGAACUCACUCUGCAUGCCGGAGACGGAGACAGCAAUGUGGGGAAACUGUUUCCUUCUCAGUGGAUCUGCUGUGAUAUUCGCUACCUGGAUGUGUCCAUCUUGGGGAAGUUUGCAGUGGUGAUGGCUGAUCCACCAUGGGACAUUCACAUGGAGCUUCCAUAUGGAACUUUAACAGAUGAUGAAAUGAGGAAACUUAACAUACCCAUUCUGCAGGAUGAUGGCUUUCUCUUCCUCUGGGUUACUGGAAGAGCCAUGGAGCUUGGUAGAGAGUGUCUAAGCCUCUGGGGGUAUGAGCGUGUUGAUGAGAUCAUUUGGGUGAAGACAAAUCAGCUCCAGCGUAUUAUUCGGACAGGACGAACUGGACACUGGCUGAACCAUGGAAAAGAGCACUGCUUGGUAGGGGUGAAAGGAAACCCUCAAGGAUUCAACAGAGGCCUGGACUGUGAUGUGAUUGUUGCAGAGGUGCGCUCUACUAGUCACAAACCAGAUGAGAUCUAUGGAAUGAUUGAGCGUUUGUCUCCAGGCACUAGGAAGAUCGAACUGUUUGGGAGGCCUCAUAAUGUCCAACCAAACUGGGUAACUUUGGGGAAUCAGUUGGAUGGAAUUCAUUUGUUGGACCCAGAUGUAGUCGCCCGCUUUAAAAAGCGCUAUCCAGAUGGAGUUAUUUCAAAACCCAAAAACAUGUGAAGACAUAACCAGCUCAGAGUGAUUGCUACAUGUACAGUCCUCCUACAAGACUGUCAGGAUUAUAGAAUAAUUUGAAGUCAGGAAACCUUUUGUAUUGUCAACCAUUUUUAAUAAAAAGAACUAGGAGAAUUA